AAAGGUAGCAAUAUUUACAGGUGUAGAUAGACGCUUGGUCAACACUAAGUUAGAUGUGUUGGAGGUCCUGUACUCUGCACCCCACACACGGUAUGUAUGGCUGUGCAAGCUGCCUACACCAUCCUCAUCCUCCCUCUUCACAGCAGCCGAGAGGCCCUGACCUUCUACAUGUGGCUCCGUCGCAUGAAAGAGCUGGAGCAGGAGAGAGAUGCUUUGCUCGAUGGGGUUCAGCUGGUGGACAGAGCACGGGAUUGGUAUCGGGAGCGUCUACAUGAAGCGGGACAGAAGAGGGAAUGGCGGUGCACAUGGGAUCAGACUCCUCCACCUCCCCUUCUGGGACCGGCUCUUUUGGUACAGAUCCAGGAAGCCAACAAAUUCUUGAAUGACCUAAUUUCCCAUCCAGAUAAGGGCCAUCGGCGGCAGUCCCCGUACAGCACUAAACACUCUGAUACCAUCGCCACACUACGUCAUCAAAAUCAGAUGCUGACACGGGAGAUAACGGCACAGAAUGAGAAAAUGUGGAAGCUGCAGAGAGAAAACGAAGCUCUAUACAGAGAACUGGAGGAGCGCCAUCUACACAGAGCCACUUUCAUCUAACGCUGUCUGGGUGCCACGUCUAACAGAGCCACCACAUGGCAUGAAACAUUUUUCUCAGAGGGCAUCAGAAA